CACUAUACCUUUGACUUACAAUAGUCACAUCCAUGUGAUCAGCCUCCUACAAUGAACACACAGCUGAAGUUUCAUCCAAAUCAGUCAAUGUUUGUAGAAGUUAUAACAUACUUCCUGUUUCCUUUUUUUUUGCCGUAAAUACAGGCUCUCGUAAUAUACACCCAGAAAUUUGUUUUUGUUGAUACAUUUCUUUGUAGCUAUUUCAUUUUGAAUGCAUUUGUUAAAAUUUAACCUGUAGACACUAUUAACCUGAUAGUGUCGUCUGACCAGUUUAAACACACCCAAAGGAGAUCAGAAACUCCACCCUCCUGCAACACUUACCAGGAAAAGACUCUCAUUUCUCCUUUCUAGUGACACUCGUGUCUCAACAAAAGCAAUAGAGAAUCAUUGAUUAUUGGAGAAUGAGAAAAAAGCUUUCAAGAAGGAUUUUUGAUACAUCAGUUUCUGAACAGACAGCAGAUCUUAGAACGUAAUGAGCAAUCCAGUCACUAUACCGAUCAGUGAGAGAGACUCUACAAUCAGAAACAGAGCCCAACACAACCAGCAGAAGCACCCAGACAGUUGCAACGAGAAGGGGCUCCGGAGUCGCAAUCACAAGCCGGAAGUGAGCGCUGGGCUGCUGGGUGAGAGUUCUGUUGUCAUUCUGCUGCUUGGGUUCAUGUGUCUGGUGUGGAUUCUGGUUCUGAUCUCAGUCCAGCAGCUCAUCAGCAGCAGCAGCACAGGACACUUCAACGCCCUCCGGGCCAGGAAGCAUCUGGAGCGGAUCACCAGCGUCGGGCCGAGGACCAUUGGAAGCCCAGAGAACGAGAUCACCACGGUCAACUACCUGCUGGAUCAGAUCGAGCAGAUCCGGUCUGAGAGCGAAACCGGACCUCAUUCCAUCACGGUGGACGUCCAGCGGCCCACAGGCUCAUUCAGCAUUAACAGCUUUAUCAGCUACUACGACCGUGUGACCAACAUCGCCGUCAAACUAGAGCCGAAGACGAGCGCGCAGCACUUCAUGCUCGCAAACUGCCACUUUGAUUCGGUGGCCAACAGCCCGGGAGCCAGUGAUGACGCCGUCAGCUGCUCAGUGAUGUUGGAGGUUUUACAUUCUCUGGCGAAUCUCUCCACGCCUCUCAAACACGGCGUCAUCUUCCUGUUCAACGGAGCCGAGGAGAACAACCUACAGGCAAGUCAUGGCUUCAUUACCCAGCAUCCCUGGGCUCAGCAGGUGCGAGCGUUUGUGAACCUGGAGGCGGCAGGAGUGGGAGGGAAAGAGUUGGUGUUUCAGACAGGUCCAGAGAACCCAUGGCUGGUCCAGGCGUACGCCCGAGCCGCCGUCCACCCGUUCGCCUCAGUGGUUGGUCAGGAGAUUUUCCAGAGCAGACUCAUUCCCUCACACACGGACUUCCGCAUCUACAGGGACUUUGGGAAUAUUCCUGGAAUUGAUCUUGCGUUCAUAGAGAACGGUUUCAUCUAUCAUACUAAAUAUGACACUCCGGAGCGAAUCCCCACUGACUCCAUCCAGAGAGCAGGCGACAACAUCCUGUCUGUACUCAAGCACCUGGUGAUGUCAGAUGAACUGGCGGAUUCCUCGCAGUAUCGCCAUGGUAACAUGGUGUUCUUCGACCUGCUGGGAGUGACGGUGGUGGCGUAUACCGCUCGCGUCGGCACCAUCAUCAACUACACGGUGGCCGUCGCCACGGUGAUCUACCUGUGUAAGAAAUGCAUGUUAACCAGCAAUGUGGGUGUCCAGUACAAGCAUGAUCUGAGAUGUGCGGUGUGUGUGGUCAUCUUUAGCUGGCUCUCGACUCUGCUGAUGGUUCAGUUUGUGGCUCGGAUCGUCACUCUGAUGGGUCGCUCCAUGUUCUGGUACACUCACUUCUACGCCGCCGUCUGCCUGUACGGAUCCGCCGCCGCCGGCACGAUUGUGCUGAUCCACACGCUGGCCAAGGACAUGUUCUACAGGAAUGUGAGUCGUGUGUAUCUGGCUGAGCUCUUCUUCGACGUCAGUCUGCUGCUUUGGUGUUUUUUGCUGCUCAUCCUCACGCUGUACGGCUUUUGUUCAGCAUAUGUGCCCAUGAUGAUGGUGGUGUUCCCACUCAUCAGCAAACUGCUGCUCAGAAAGCAAUUCAGAGCCAGAGGAGCGUCUCUGCAGUACGCCGUCCUGUACCUGACGGGUCUUGCCGUGCCGUACGUCCACAUCAUGUUCCUCAUCUGGGUUGUUUUUGAGGUCUUUACACCCAUCCAGGGCCGCAGUGGAAAUAAAAUCCCACCCGAUGUCAUCCUGGCAUUCAUUGUUACCCUGGCAACCGUAAUUCUGUCUACCUAUUUUAUGCAUUUCAUCUAUCUGUCCCGCAGUAUAAAGCAGAUCUUGGCAGGUCUGGGGUCAGUGUUCACGCUGAUGUUUGUUCUGGUCUGCUGUGGUCUGUUCUUCCCGUAUUCUGCUGACCCGUCCAGCCCGCGACCCAAACGCAUCUUUGUCCAGCACACCACACGCUGGUUCCAUGCGCUGAACGGAUCGCUGCAGAGCUCCGACUCGGGCUUAUGUAUCAGCAGUCUGGAUUACACCGACAUGCAGCACAUCACUCCUCAUAUCCCACAGAUCAACGACAGCAUCCGCCGGCACUGUCAGGACCAUAUACCAUACUUCGGCUCCUCAAGGAAGAGCUGGUAUCUUCCGGCUCCUGAAGUCUCUCCUGAAGCUCCGCUGGAGUUUCGGCUCUUAUCCAGACAGGAGACUGAAUGGGGAACUGUUAAAAUGACCUUUGAGGUCAAAGGUCCGAGUCUCAUGUCUCUGUACAUGCGUCCUCAAGCCGGCGCAUCUCUGAGUGGCUGGUCAUUCGGUGACAGAACGCCACAGUUCAAUCUCAGCGAAGGGUAUUUCAUAUCUUACUCUCACGGUCUUGACGCUCCGGCCUGGAGCUUCUGGUUUGAGAUCCAGCCACCCAAGUCCUCAGACGCGUCUCCUGACGAGGGCUUGAUCUCUCUGGCUAUCUCAGCUCAUUAUUUCUCUGGUUUAGACCGGCACUCAGAGCAGCUGGAGUCAUUACUGAAGAGAUUCCCUGCCUGGGUGUUCCCGUCCUCAUGGAUCAGCACAUAUCACAUGUACAGAUACUGAGGGCCACUUGCUUGUGGGCCCCGAUCUCUCUCACACACACACACACAUGCCCUCUGAGGGCCUAGAGGGCCCUGACGGUUCCCCACUGGUGCAGCAUCAUGUAAAAAUAAAGGUUUACAGUAACAGAUA